UAUGCGGUUGCUGUGCUCAGAGUUUAUAUAGAACUCUGAAUUUAUUUUGUGCUGUAUAUUAUUGAUUUCAUAGGAAGAAAAUGUCACUACUACAAUCUUCGUUUUACGGGCGUUUCAGUAUUGGGUCGUGUGAGUUAGUCUUUUCUGAGGAGUAGUAAAUGGUAGAAGCAUUCUUUUUGCAUACGAAAAAACCACGCGUUUUGGAAAUGUUUAGCGAUGACUGCAGUAACUCUCAAUCCUGCGUUUGGCGUAAACUUCAAUGCAUCAUCAUUAUCGAGACAGACUCAAGGGUCGAUAAAGCAGAGACGAAUAUUUAGCCGAAAUACAAAGCGUUCACGAACACAAAACCAACUCAAUGAAAGCCGUGUCGAUCGCAACGAAUUGUUCGAUCGACUUGAUUCUUAUUGUGAGCAAUUGAAUGUAUUGAUAAUGACAGAGCUAGCGGAACGCGAGAGAAUCAACAAAGAGCUUCGCGAGAAGGCUCACGAGCAGUUGGAAGUUGCUCGAGAUCUCUUGGAUAAGUUCUCAGGCAAUGAAGAUCACAAAAAACUUCUGAAAACACAGUAUUCUAAGUUUGAAGGGCUGAUCAGCGAUCGGAACAAGAGAUUGAAGUCAGACACGCUUCGAAAGUUUAUUGAAAGUAUUCAGAUUUUAGUCAACAAAGUUAAAAUAAAAUCAGAGCCAGUGGAACGAUCGGACAGUAGCGUAGAUUCUUCCACGGAUUGCAGUUCUUCACAGUCCACCACUGUUGAAUCUAAGGCAUCAGAUACUGUCAAACCAAUUUCAUCGGAGACUGAUGUGCAAAAAAUUACUCCAUCCCUCGAAGUAUGUUCUAUUUCAUCCCCAACAAAGGCUAUCGAAUCACCGACAAAAUCUGUGAUAACUACAGAGGAAGUUGAUGGAAAGCAGAAGCGAUCGAUUCUGCUACGAGAAGUAAUUUCUGAGGAAGCCAAAUUGAAGCAAAAGCCACAGAUACCAUGGCGAACACCGACUCGAUUGGAACCUCUGAGCGCAGUAAAAAACGAAACAAAGACUGUGACAAAGUCGGUUUCAUCGACGAAAAAAUCGACACAUGAACCGGAAAGAUUCGCGCUAAGAUAUAAAACAAAGAAGCGGCCGACUUGCGAUAUAAAGCCUAGCGGGAAUGAGCAAUUUAAGAAACCAUUUCCAAUUCCUCCUUCAACAUCAGAGGAUCAUCAGCGACCACUGUUCCAACGACGUCAUCAAUUACCUCCAGCAAAACCAUUGUAUGACAACAAUAGAGAUCCGCGUACUCAUCACGCACAUUAUAACCGAUAUAUGUACACCGGGCAGAAUCGAUUACCAUACGAGGGUCAUCAUCAUCAUCAGCAGGUUCCAAGGCAUCAUUUUCAGGUUCCUCCUAACAGACCAGCCGCAGCUGCUUAUCAGUUUGCGGUUCCCGCUCCAGUUCCACCGACAAGACCGAAUGUUUCACCGACAAGGCCGAAUAAUCCGCCGGCUGUUAGAGCGAGAUUUGUGUCACCGGCUGCACCCCUUGCCAACACAAAACCGGCCGCUCGUAAAGCGGCUGCAAAACCCGUCAUUCGGCCUGAGAAAACAAUCAAUCCAGUAUUUUCUAAGGAUGAUCUCAUACCUCUAGGGAGCAAAGAAAAUGUGAAGAAGAUUUCAUGUUCCGUGAAAACUACCACAAAUGUUGAGAAAAGUGCGGAUACAGCAGAGAAAAGUUCACAAAACAUCAACUCUACACCCGACGCUGAGAAAACAGACAAACAAAAGUCUAAGCCUGUGGUCCAGAAGGUUACUGAACCCGUUGUUGAGAAUAAGAAAAAAGAAGUGUCAGAAAAGAACGAACAAAGUAAAACUCCAGUCGAUCAAACGAAGACAGAUGAACGGAAUGCCGAUGGUUCUCCACUCGACAAGAAUUUGUUGAGUUUACUAAAGGGAAUAGCCGACGAGAGUAAGGUCAAACAAAUUUUAGACGUAAUGAGCAAGCAUUCCGAUGACGAAUCGGAAAAACAGCAAACGUCUGAGAACAAAUGUGUCCAGGAGAAGAAAGCUAAGAAGUUUAAACGCAUUCGUACCAAAACGGAUGAGUCUUCGUCUGAAGACGAUGCGUCCAAGAAAGAUAACGCCAAGAAAGGAAAGGCUAAAACCACGAAGCAUUCAUCUAGCGGAAGCCGCGAGGUGAUCGGAUUAUUGAACUUUGAAUGGAUAGGAAAGGGCGGCGAAAUAUCGCACACAAGACGAAGAGGCACAAGUGGUACUCAGACCCAUUCCAAACCAGCCACGAAGCAAGCUCGUUUGCAAGAUUCGAGUUCGGAUUCAGAUGAGGAAAUAAUGUAUAGUUCUCCUGAAAAACUUCCAAAGACUGCAGUAGAAGAAGAUUCAUUGCUAACGAUAGCAAAGUCUCCACCGACCAAAGGAAAACAGAAACAGAAGGAAGCUACAUUCGUUUACAAUGACAAAAAGACGGUGCAUUUCAACAGCAACUAUGCUAGUAACUGUGCUCUCUGCUCAUUCAACGGCUCGGCGAUUGUCAACCACUAUGUGUAUGAUCACAAGCAGUAUGAAGUCUUUGUCAGUCGCGUUUCACCCAAAAUGGCAGAAAUCAUUCGAGCCGAUCCCUUCCUCACCAAUGGAACUCUUGCGAACGAGGAAAGUGGCAAUGAGAGCAUUAAUUUCAAAUGCUUUUUCUGUCUGGCUUCUAAAGAAUUGACGCGUUCCGAGUGGUGCAAACAUUUAGCUUCCCACACAGGUGAAUAUCGCUAUCGAUGUACGAGCUGCCCGGUUAUGUCUCAAGCAGAGGAACUGGAUAGCUCCUUUUUCCACGAGAAGUCCUGCCUGAAACCGUCGCUUGCCGUGUAUAACAACAUCGAAUUCGAAGACAAUCAUUUGUACGGUUUCAUUUGUAAUGCAUGUAAUUACAUUCAAGUUCGGCGGGUUAAUAUGGAGCGGCACUUGAAAAGGGAACAUCCAUCUGCGGAUGUCGGCUGCAUUCGAUUCAGCAUAGUCAAUUAUAAGAUUGACACAAAACCAAUAAUCGACGAGGAUCAAGAGAUGAAAGAUUCAAGCGCUUCGCAUGUUCCUACGGUUAGUAUUCCACUACUCCCAAAGGCAGAGCCACUCGAACCGUGCGACAUCGUCAAUCAGCCGUUCACGGAAGAUGAAGAAAUGCAGGAAUCUGAAGCUGAACAACAACAGUCAUCUGUUUCGCGACGGAGAGAUUAUAGACUCGAUUCGAUCCAUAUUGGCCCUGCUGGUGUGUGCAGCCAACUCAGUCACAAACCGUUUUCGAUCAAAUUUGAACAAGAACUGCAAGGCGAUCAAAUUAGCUCGAGCUCCGGUUUCUAUGAAUCGCCAAUGUCACCUGUCCCGACGGAAGACGAUGCAGCCGAGGCACAGUCUAUCAUACCAGUGAUGCAGAUACAAUCGAUUCAAGGCGGAUUUGAUGCGGAGAGGUGCUUUGUCAAGCGAGAAGACAAAGAGAUGGAGUAUGAUUCGGAUGCCAGUGAUAAAACAACUGACUUCGACAUGUUCGACACCGAUGAGGCACCGGAGAGUUUGUGUGAUGGAGAACAGAAAACCGAUGGAAAUUCGAACGACAAUGGAGCUAAAGAUGGGGCGACAAACGGUGGAAACUCAAGAGCGUCGACUAGCGGAACUAAUAGUGGCACGCUACCUUCUGUAGGCGGAGCUGUCAAUUCUGGCACAGGAGGAGGAGGAUCAGGGUCCGGUGGAGAUGAUGACGACAAUCGCAAGAAAGAGAAAUUCCCACUCCCAUUGAAUAUCAAACAGGAGAAGGAAGAGAAAAAUAAAAAGGAAAAGGAAGAAAAAAUGGAAAAGGAAACGGAAGAAAAAAAGGGAGAGGAAAAGGAUAAAAUUGAAGUGAAAACCGUAGUAAUAAAAAGUGAGAAAAAAGAUGACGGUUACCGGGAUCAUCGAUCACAACAAGAAGUAGAUGGAGAGGGAUUAGACUUCGUCGAGCUCGUCUUGGACAGCACACGCAUCGAACAUGUCGCUUUUGUGGAGCAAAAAUCGGAAAUAUUAUACCUCUGUCUCAUGCCUGGAUGCAGGCUUGUUACGAAAAAAAUUGAUGAUUUUAAAAAUCAUGUUUCGAAAAAGCACGAAAGUGUGACAUGGGAUGGGUAUUGUCAUCCAUGUCAGUCACAAAUUAUGAUAAUGGAGAACUGCUUGAUAGCGAACGAAUUGCAACAUUUGUUAGACGUUCAUGCUAGGAGAAAAACGCCCACACUUGAAAUAUCUGCAAUUUCCACUGCACCAAGUACUCUUCGUAUACGCAAAAUGCCGGGAGAUACACUGUCUGCAGUAGACUCUAAUGUUCCUCCGCCAUUGGCACCACUACUACCACCUUCUACGUCCAUAACUCCAGUAUCGUCCUCAUUUUGUUUCGGACAGAGUCCGCUAAUAAUUCAAUCGGCAGCAACGAUAUCUCCUGUGCCAAUGGGUAACAACAGUCCUAUGAUGACUCCAACACACACAAUUCCUGCUCAAAUAAGACCAAUAAUAGCGAAUCCACCACCCGCGGCAACGAUGAUUCCCAAUGUACCGCCUCCUCUUGCAUCUGUUCAAUCAAGCAGUGGUGGUGGUAAUAACGUGUCCAUGGCUGGCCUGAUAUUGAAUUCGGCGCGUUUGAAGCCCUGGACCAAUAUGAUAACUACGAAGAAUCAAGAGCACUGCCUCAGUAUGCUCGAGGAGACUAGUUUGCUGUGUUUGUACAAGUGCAUGGCUCGCACGUGCGCUUUCACUACCAACAACCGAUUCUUCAUGGAACAACAUAUGUCGCUGCAUGAGGCUAUGUAUUCCUCACUGGCAACACAUGCUACCCGUAAAUGCUGGCUAGAGUGUGCCUACUGUGAUCUGAUAGCUCCCAACAACAUUGUCCUGCUCACUCACAUUGACUCCGAGCACGCCGCUUGCGGAUUUCAAUGCAACCUUUGCUUCUAUCGGAGUCGCGAUCCCACCAAUGUGGUUGUACAUCAGAAAACCUAUCAUCCAAACAGUGGUGUGGCAAAGAAGAUUCUGAUCAUGCCGGAGAAUUUGAAAAGUUUCGGGGACGAUGAAUGGAGAUCGAUGCAGGAAUCUCUGAGAAAGAAUGUAUUGCCGCUGCAAUGUACCAUUUGCAAGGACUCGUACUAUAUUCUGUCGGCCUACAUGACCCAUCUCGCUAGCCAUGAGCAGAAUUUCAUUUGUUGCCAGGUGUGUAAUUUGAACAUCGAGAAGAAAAGCAUGGCCCGACAUUUGCUGCUGCAUUCCAUCGGAUUGUACGAAUGUGUGUAUUGUUUGUUCGGGGCGAACACAAAAUCCACGAUGGCGCUACACGUUAGCAAUGCACAUAGCUCUAAACCCUUGUAUUGCUGUGUGCGAUAUAAUAAAAAGAGGCCUGAUGGCGUUGAAUAUCCGCCUAAUAAAGUUGAAUCGAUGGAAUUGAAGACGAUGAGCUGUACCGUCUCGCCUGAUUUGUUCAAACGAUGUAGUUAUUCGACAGAUCAGCUAAAUAAUAAGCCAGUCAGUCUCAACGUAAAUGAUUCGAUAGAAUUUCAGAAAAAGGUAUCUACCGUUACUAAAAUUCCUCCCAGUACAGUUGCUACUUUUAGUACCAAUGCACCUACUCCUGCAGCCAACAUUCAAAUUCAAAUAACGGACGAAGCAGGACGCCCUUUAAUUAUAUCAAUUCCUGUGCAAAAUAGUUCAAACAACCCAACGGUGCAAGGCCCUGCGGCUCCUAGUUGCAGUCAGCCAGCAAGUGCUCCAUCACCAGCCAUGCCACAGAUUCAAAUGCCAAUGAUCAGUACGGUUCAGGGAGGUGUUCAAAACAUUCCUCCAUCGCCACCAUCAACACCACUCCCUGUGAUAAGCAGUGUGCAAGGAAUGGUAUCUCUUCCGCCACUCACCGCGAUUCAGCGUAGCGAUGGUUUACCGAUAAUAAGCAGCGUACAAAGCGUUGCCCAUUUGCCUCCGGACCAGUCUUUGGCAGCACCACUAAAGUCACCCUCAGUUACCAUUUCUCCUGAAGGGUUGGUAAUACUACCGAACAUACCCGGUACCACCAUCACUGCUAAACCAGCGAUCGUAACAUCCACGACAACAUCCAGUUCGACUGCAUCGAUUUCCACUGCUUCUAAUCUCACUGUUCAGAUUGUGGAAAACAGUGCAUGUACGCUUGUUCCUAAACCGAAAACCGAUAUGUACACGACCACGGUAGCGGAAGCAGAUACCCAAUCUUGCACGGUAUCCGGAGAGAAUCAGGAAUAUGAAGAAGAUGUUGGAGCAAAUGACGACAAAUCUGAAUCUCCAGCUCCAUCCGAUGUAUCACAACCCGGCAGCUCGAAAGACACAACAGGAUUGAAAAAAUUUUCCAGUACCACCCAGAUUCGGAUCGAUUUUCUAUUCAAUGGUAGUAUCGAAAAGUUUGAUCGUCUGGAGAGAAAGGUGAACAUGACGAUAAAGCAUACCGGAUUUUCCGGGUUGGAUUUGAAUAUUUGUGGAGUGGAGAAAUGUAACGGCAGAUUCAGUGAUCCUGUUAAACUUAACUUGCAUCUUUUGAAGCAUCACAAUGUUGCCAACUACAAGUGCUACCAUUGCUCUGAUCGGUUCAAAACCGCACAUGAGCUGAUUACACACAUCAAAACGCACGGGUGGCAUCGGUAUCUCUGUUUUUUGUGUGAUCGGAAAAGUCAUUUCCUAAAGAUGAUGAUACUUCAUGUGCAGCACGAUCACAAUAGUACCGAUGUUAUCCUCUCCUAUUUGCAUCCGAAAAAGCGGGACAUCCACAAUGAUCUAGUAGUGAUAUGUCCGCAGGAUGUCACGGGCGUUCAGCUGCGGGAUUACGUUGAGAAUAUUUUAAAAGAAGAUGCCACUUUGAUAAAAAAUCGUUUCACUCCCGAUGAGAUUGAUCAACUGCCGGAAAAGGAUAUUUUCUCGGAAGACGUAUUUUGUGCAAGCUGUAAUUACCGGACCAAGAUAAAGAAGAAUAUGAAGCGUCACCUGGAGAAGCAUCUAGGUGAAUUGUUACUGACAGAUAACUCUGCAUCAACUGAUAGAAGCACUGUGUCCACGACGACAACUAGUGAAAUGGCUAUCCCAGAGAAGAUCGAUCCAAUCAAGCUGUACCAGUGUGGUAUAUGCAAAUUUGAGUGCCCUCCAGCAUUAGCAGACUUCAGAGCUCAUAUGUAUCUAAACCACCGAAAUGAAAAACAGUACAAGUGUUUGCAUUGUAACCAGCUUAUUAAUGAAGGUAUCUUCUGUGUGGACAGCAUCACAAAUCAUCUGAAACUGCAUGGGAAUAACCUGUACAAGUGCAGCGAAUGUGAUUACUACCGGGACGAACAAUAUUUGAUCACGGCGCAUAUCCAGCAGAACCACGAUCCUUCAGUGCCAGUGGCGGUAAUACGGGAGGCUAUUGUUGUUACAACCCAACCAGAAUGGCAAUGCGAUCUCUGCGAAACGAUUCGUCAAACCCGUGCUGAAAUGGUAGACCAUAUGACAGCUGAUCACAAGCUAACGGACAAUCAAUACAAGUGUUCGCUCUGUUCGUUUAAAUCUUCCGAAAACGAUGCUUUCAAAGCACAUUUCGCUUCCAAUCAUCCCGCUAGCGGAAUAUUAAUUAUUUCAUUAUUUCACGAGCUUCCCCCAAAGCAGCUCAUAGCGAUAGCCAACGAAUCGGCCAUGGUGACGACCGGUGGCAGCGAAACAGCACAUGAUGAUAGGAGCAAAAGGAGCAGAUAUUCGUGUGGCACUGAAUCUUGUUCCUUCUCGUCGAACGAUCUCCCGUGCACAAAAGAACAUUUUCUAGCGAGCCACCCGGAUCAAACACUGGUUGUGUUUGACGAUUCAAUCACAGAGAAGGAAAAGCGAAAGAGGUUCGAUUAUUUCGUGAGAUACGUAUGCAACUAUUGCCAGGUACAGUGCGACACAGUCGAUGAUAUCGUGGAGCAUUGGAACAAACAGCACAAGGACGAGGACGGUGCGAAACCGCUGAUGUUCAAGUUAUUCAAGCUGGUACAAUGUUUUUAUUGUGAUCAAAUUUCCUCAUACUAUAACAUCAAAUCGCACGCGUUGGUAAGCCAUCCCGCGCAAACAUUUGCCUGCGUUGAUUACCAAAACGUGUUCAAAUGUGGCGAAUGUCCGUUCGUUCUCACAGGCGAGAAAGUCGACCUACUUAAACACUUCAAGAUAUAUCACCACGCAAGUAAGAAUGAAGACCCGUGUGAUUAUAUUGACGAUGAUUUCCUCCACAGAAUGCUGGAGCAAAACAACAGUAUGUAUACAUGCAACCAUUGCGAGUUGACAUUCGACAGUCGCUUUACUUAUGAGAAUCAUAUCGAUACCUGUGCGUUCGCUGGACUGCCUAGUAGCUUCAGUUUGACGACCAAAUCGGUGAGAAUACGAUACAUUUGUAGUUGCUGCAAUGAUUUAUUCAGCAGUGAAUACAGCAUCGCAAAGCAUAUGCGAACUCAUUUGGCACAAUACAAUUGUCGUUAUUGUAAGCGCGAGUUCAAGCAGCUGACACACCUGAAUGAACAUCAAAUUUUACUUCACAACGCCUAUGAUAACGAUUUCUCGCUAAAGGAUCUGGAUCAAUAUCGAUCGUUCUUCCUGAAAAUAAAGAUGCUAUUCCCGAAUGGUCUACUACUGAGUAAGGUGGAUGCACAUCGCACUGUAUGUGGUUCCGUCGAAGACAUUCUCAACUAUGUCCGAAGUGCCAACGACGAAGAAAUGACUGAAGUAAUGUAUAACCGGGCGAUUCUGAUGCCUCUGCACUAUGAAGAUGAUGAGGGGAAAAUCGUACAAGUGCAGUGUAAAAAGUUCCUCGAGCGCCAGCCAACAAUGGUUCUGCAGCUGGAGAAUCUUUCCGAAGACAAAGUGGCACAGAUUACCGAGCAAGUAUAUCUACUGGCGAAAGUGGCGGAAACUGUGGGGAACAAUCAGCAACACAAACGGGGGCGACAGCGGAAAAUUAAGAAAAUCGUUACUUCGGAUACUGAUGAUGACGAUGACGAUGACGACGAUUGGAGACCGGAACGAAAACGUAUCAAGCGUACAAGCGCUAUGAGAGUGGUCACGAAAAAAGAAGUUAAAUCGAGUUCUGAAUUCGAUUCAGAUUCGGAUAAUGAGUUGUUGAUCCGGUUCAAAAACAACCGGGACAGUUGAAGUGACUGAGGUUUAUUGCAUUAAUUAUGCGAUAUAGUUAGUAGAAAGCAUGUAUGGUAUGUAAUGUUCGGUAUUCCCACGAUUAAAUUUGAAUUUGCUAGAUGUCUCAAUGAAAAAUUUGUUUCAU